GCUCUGACUCCUCCCUCUCGCGCGUUAAUCAUGAAGUUCGGCAGAAGUGUUCGUGUUGCUCACCUCAGCGAUCCUAUCGGAAACACCUUCAUCACUUCAUCCACAGAAGAGUCGCACACUUGACGAUGACGAUGAAGAUGAACGAUUCACUUCACGCGUUUGACUUUGAGCGUCAGUUUGAUGAUCGAGUCGCGCUUGAAUGGUUUCAGCAGAACUGGAGAGCAGCGUUCGUCCUGUCCGGCCUGUAUGCGCUGGUCAUAUGUGUGUGUCGUGAGUUUAUGAAGCACAGGCCGAAGCUGGACCUGCGGACGCCGCUCGUCUUCUGGUCUCUGAGUCUCGCUUUAUUCAGUGUUGCAGGAGCGAUGAGGACGAGCUGGUACAUGUUCUCUGUGCUGACGACACACGGCUUCAGGCAGUCAGUGUGUGACACACACUUCUACAGCGAUCCCGUCAGCAAGUUCUGGGCGUUUGCGUUCGCUCUGAGUAAAGCGCCUGAGCUCGGUGACACGGUGUUCAUCGUCCUGCGUAAGCAGCGUCUGAUCUUCCUGCACUGGUAUCAUCACAUCACGGUCCUGCUGUACAGCUGGUACUCGUAUAAAGAUCACGUGGCCGGCGGCAGCUGGUUCAUGACCCUCAACUACAGCGUCCACGCGUUCAUGUACAGCUACUACACCGCCAGAGCGGCCGGCGUCCGCGUGCCCAAGCCGUUCGCCGUGCUGAUCACGCUGAUGCAGAUGUGUCAGAUGCUGGCGGGUCUCGGCGUGCUGGCGCUCGUCCACCGCUGGAAACACGACGUGAACUGUGUGUCCACCACGGACAACAUCUUCUACGGCUCCGCCAUGUACCUCAGCUACCUGCUGCUCUUCUCACGCUUCUUCUACCUCGCGUACCUCCGGCCGAGAGACAAGCGAGACUAGCGGUUCUUUUACAUGUCCGUGAAGUGAACUUAGAAGCACUACAGGAGUUUGCAUGCAUCAUCAAUCUCCAGCUCAUAUUUAAUGAGAUAUUAUAUUUAAUAAAGCCAUUUUUAGCACUAUU